CUGGACGGUGUGAGCAGGUGCGAGCGGCCCCUCAUUCCGAGUCUCCCCUCUCCCACAGCGGAGGUGUGCAUUGGGGUCCUGCUGCUGCUGAUCCUCUACAACUACUGGUUCCUGUACAUCCCCUACUUGACAUGGCUCUACUUGGACUGGCGCACCCCAGAGCAAGGAGGCAGGAGGUCCGACUGGGUCAGAAGCUGGGCCGUUUGGAAGUACUUUAAGGACUACUUUCCAAUUCACCUCAUCAAAACGAAGGAUUUGGAUCCAAGUCACAACUACAUAUUUGGGUUUCACCCCCACGGAGUGCUUGUGGCUGGAGCCUUCGGAAAUUUUUGUACAAAUUACUCGGACUUCAAGAAGCUGUUUCCCGGCUUUACCGCGUAUCUCCAUGUGCUUCCAAUUUGGUUCCGGUGCCCUCUCUUCCGAGAAUAUCUGAUGAGCAGUGGGCCGGUCUCGGUUUCCAAGAGAAGCGUGUCCCACGUGCUGAGCAAGGAGGGCGGCGGGAACAUUUCAAUCAUCGUCCUGGGGGGUGCAGAGGAGUCGCUGGAUGCCCACCCCGGGAAGUUCACUCUGUUCAUCCGCCAGCGGAAAGGGUUUGUGAAGAUCGCUUUGACCCACGGUGCCUAUCUGGUCCCAGUGUUUUCUUUUGGUGAAAAUGAACUAUUUAAACAAGUCAGCAACCCUGAAGGCUCGUUGCUUCGAACCGUGCAGGAUAAACUCCAGAAGAUCAUGGGGUUCGCGUUGCCCCUGUUCCACGCCAGGGGGGUUUUUCAGUACAAUUUUGGCCUCGUGCCCUACAGGAAACCUAUUCACACUGUCGUUGGCCACCCAAUCCCUGUUCAUCAGACUCUGCACCCAACCCCGGAGCAGAUAGAGGAGCUGCAUCAGACCUACAUGGAGGAGCUAAGGAAACUAUUCGAGGAGCACAAAGGGAAGUAUGGCAUCCCAGAGCAAGACACCCUGGUUUUCAAAUAACUGCACUCCUGGAGGGCAUACAGGAGGAGGAGAGAACAUCCCACUGAGAGAAUAAAUCUGUUAAAUCCGUUAGUUUUUUCCCUUGACUAUGGAAUUAAAUUGGCAACUGAAAAGUAUUACUUAUAGUGACAGAUGUUGGUGUAGAGCUGUGUUAAAGAUACAGUGUGUGACCAUAGGGUAAGGUUAGAGAUGACUGUGAGUCAAUAUUCUUCCUCAUUUAGGAAGAAUAUUAAAAAAAUUAUUUUACAGGUUCAGAACGACAGCUUCAAAAAUUAAUUAGACCCUUUGGCUCAGCAUUACAGCAAUAUAAGGCGGCGUUUUCAUUAAGUGUGUUAGCUGUUAUUCGGCGCAGCUGCAGCAUUUAGGAGACGGUGUGUAAAAUAAUUGGCCAUACAGAGCUAGAAGAGAUCGUUUCCUUUUCUUCACUUGAACAGACCAUUUGUUAGUGGAUAAUGUUAUGUCAACACAUUUUUAUACAAUGGGGCAGAAUUUUUAUGCAGUUUUCAGAAUAGGAUGAAUCUACCAUAUGGAAACCCAUGUGGGUGAGAGCAUGUCCCCUCAUUUCUAUCCAUGCUUAGAAAUGUUCAUCAUUGUCAUCUGCUUAGAAAUAUGUUCAUUUGCUACAGAAAAGGAAAGACAUACUUUUGCACAUGUUUUAGGACACUGAAGUUGCAUGAAGUUUUCGUGGUAAUAGAAAUGGUUUAAUUUUCUUUCCAAAUAGCCUCUCUGAAUGAGACGAGCUGUGGAAGAAAGCACACUCUCUGGUGAGAUGUGUCCAGUUCUCAGUUGACCCGAGUUAUGUGCAUCUCCUCUCAACCAGAAUGCCUGGUCUGUGAGAACAGGAACUUGUCCCUUCUGUGCACUGAUGUCUCCCUAUGCCUGGGUCAGCUCAUGGCACUUAGUAGGCACAAAAUAAGUGAAUGUAUUUUUAAUAAGUGAAUUCAUGUUUAAUGAAUGUAUUUAUAGAUGAACACGAAGGCAAACUUUGCCAUAAGGUGAGGAAUUUUUAAAGCUCUACCGUAGGAUGAAACCUAUAAUAAGACAAGACCCAUUUUCAGAAGGAGAUUAUUGGCUGUGUCUGAUUGUCCCAUGCCAGUGACUGACAGCGCUGCAGGCUGGCUUGUAAGGAGCAAGUCAGAAGGAGGUUUCUGACGAUUAGUCACUGAGUGUUAACUAAUUAUUCAGUAAAUAAGUAAGAAGAAUGUCCAGUUUCCAAACAUCUCCAUUGCUAGAUGUUGCUUCUGUACUUCCUCCACUCCAGGUAUUUGAGGGUGACUUCACUGCGUUGUCCCAGCUCAUUGGUAAGAUGUCUCCAGGCCUCUGAUUCGUAAAACAUUAAGCCCUGGGCUAGAGCCUGGAUUGGGUCCAGCAACAGCAGAAUGAAAUCAUGCUGGGUGACGCCCUGAGUGGGGAAGCGUUUCACAUAUGACAAAGUGAACCUUCUCAAUUGUUCCUCAUAAGGUUUCAUGGCCAACGUCCUGUUAUCUUCACACUGAGCAAUCCCGGAGCCCACCAACCAUGGUCUUGAAAUUAGAUCCAAAAAAUAUAUAUUUUUUUGGUGAAAGCAGGGAAUAAGACACACUUGCUUUGCUAGAUGGAGAAAACUCGACUAUGCAUCCUUUUUGGUAUUACUCAAUACCUCAAAAAUGUAAAAGGAGCACCAUUUACAUAAAAUUACACUCUGGCUGGUCAGGGUUCAGUCUUUCAGAAUAUAACUCUGAGGCCCAAAUUACCACAAUCAAAGGCCUCUAAGUUAAUAUAAAACACAGGAAUUUCCUCCCUUUGGAGAAGUUUAUUAAAAGCUCAUAGUCUUUUGUGAUUUCACAAAGGUAUGAAUUUUAAUCUCACACCUGGGAGUGAGAGGGCCAACCUGACCACCUAACAUCAGCUGGAUUGUCUAGUAAGCAGUUAGUAACACAGAGGCAUUGAGAAAUGAGAAAAGUUCUGCUCUGAUGAAUUUAUCUAGAAUUUUUCCGUUAAAAAAAUCUAGACAUCGGCCACUUUAAUUUUGGCAUACCUGAAACCCUAUUGUUAGGUACCUAGUAGGGAGUUUAUCUCUUCCUUUCUUAGGGUCUCCAGAGGUCUUAAUCCUGCCAGGCCAGACGUCCUUUCUUAAGCUCAAAGCACAGUCGUAAAUUCUAUAUAGCCCUACAAAUUGCAAAUGAAUUUUUUGAUGUGAAUUUUUGCUGCAACGCAAAUGUGGGUCAUCAGUUGUAUUCACUCACGUGGUCUGAUGGAGAUCUCUACCUUCAAGCUUCUCCUCGACUACACAUUUGCACCUCAGUUUUAAGCAGCAUAGCAAAACAAUAACAGCGACAGUAACCCCAGGACGCUGGAAGAGAAACUGGGAUCACUGCCUUGAGAAAAUGUGCGGUCAUGCUGUUUGGUUUGGACAGUUCUGUUUCCUGUUCCCCUCGCACACUGGGGGCAGGCUGUCAUUUCCUCUGUCUGGCGGCCAGAAGUAUUGAGAUGGCCUGUGUCCGGCUAAACCCACGACUGUCCCAUAGAAGGCCGCAGCCUCGGUGCCAUGAAGGCCACCCAGCUUUGCUCUGCCCCAGAGAAUACCUUGAUUUAUGUAAACCUUCACCACGACUAUGAGAACGUUCAAAGUGCACAUACUUCAGGGAAGACGGACGAGCCUUGGCAGAGGGUUGAAAGUACACCCCCCGCUGUUGGUAGAAGGUCCAUUUCUGUGUGGGAAGCGCAGGAGGCGGAAUCCGGGGAGACGCUCCCACUUCUGUGUAAUGUGACGCCUGCUCCACGCUACCUCGGUGAUGCCAGCUGCCAAAGUCUGCGAUAAAUGUGUGAACAGAUUGGCUUCAUUCACUCUGUGCCCUCUUCCUCUGGCCAGAGACAAUGCGGAUGGGAUUUGCUGAUUGGAUUUUCCCCCCAAUAGCCCGGGAUUGCAAGUUCUCAUCUAUCUCAUGUAUUUUUUUCUACUAAGUGAUAAAAUGUCUAUUUGUGGUGCUUGGGAGGGUUCCUGCAGGUAAAAUUUGUAUAUUGAUUUUUUAAAUUAAAUUUUUUUGGGGGUGA